AUGUCGCGUGAAAUCUACCCAAAGUACCCUCCGGACCUCAACGAGGAGCAGCUUCAAUACUUGAUUACUAAUGUCAAAGACUGGUCAAUUGCAAAUGGUCUGGCUGUAAGACCCGUGCCCUCAUGGAUUUCGAAGGAGCAGGAUCCGGUGGGCUCGUUAGCAGUGACUGCUCCUGUUACCCUCUUCCCUAGCUUGUUCCCUAGAAACUGCUUUGAACAAGGUCUUGGCAUUCAAACAGCGUACAAUGAGCUCUAUGCCGCUAUCGCAAGCAACGAGACUUGGCUGAAGGAGAUUGUUGAGGAACUCGUUGAAGUGGAUGAUUUCAUCGCUGAGCUGUGGAAGGUCCACCAAGCCGUGAAGAAGGAGGGAUAUGUCCAGGGCAUUACUCUUGGUCUUUUCCGUUCUGACUACAUGGUCCAUCUAGACCCGGCCCAUUCUGCUGCCAAACCUACCAUCAAACAAGUAGAAUUCAACACCAUUGCUUCAUCCUUUGGUGGACUUUCUACACAGGUCUCAAAGCUACACAACUAUCUUCUCUCUGUGGAUGCCUACCCAGAAGAAACUCAAUCGACUAUCAAGACUUCUUCACUCCCUCCAAGCACAUCGGUUCCAUCGCUUGCUGGAGGUUUGGCUGCCGGUCAUCAUGCUUAUGGAGAAUCAAGGAGCGGUUCUCCUCUUUGUGUCAUAUUCCUUGUUCAGGAUCCAGAACGCAAUGUUUUCGAUCAGAGACACUUGGAAUAUACUCUUUUCAACGAGCAUCAAGUCAGGGCUUUCCGUGUAUCCUUCAACCAAGUCAUGUCUCACACCAGACUUGACGAGAAGCGUACUUUGCUCUACACCCCUCCUCACACCCCCAACAAGACGUGGGAGGUAUCACUGGUCUACUUCCGCGCUGGCUACUCUCCCGAUGAUUACUCUGGCAAGGCUGACUGGAACGCUCGUCUGCACAUUGAACGUAGUGCAGCUGUCAAAUGCCCUAGUAUCUUGACUCACUUGGCUGGCUCGAAGAAAGUGCAGCAAGUCCUCGCGACACCAAACUCGCCUCACCUUGCCCGCUUCCUUCCAGACAAGAACAAAGCUGCCGAGGUCCUUAAGACAUUUGCUCCAAUCUAUCCUCUCGACAAGAGCGAAGCAGGUCAAGAAGCUCGCAAACUUGCUCAGAACCCAGAAACAGCAACCCGUUAUGUCCUCAAGCCUCAGCGUGAGGGUGGCGGCAACAACGUCUACCGCAAAGCCAUUCCCAAGUUCCUCAAAGAAACUCCUGAAUCACAUUGGCCAGCUUAUAUCUUGAUGGAGAUGAUUGAGCCCCCAGCCUUGACCAAUACCAUUUUCCGCAACGGAGAAGUUCAAAAGGGUGGCGUCAUCGGAGAACUGGGCGUAUAUGGUGUUUGCUUGUGGAAGACACAGAGCGGUCAGGAUGGCGUACAAGAGAUGCUCGCGAACAGACAGGCUGGCUAUCUGCUUAGAACCAAGGGCGACCAAAGCGAAGAGGGUGGAGUCGCAGCUGGCUUUGGCUCCGUCGACAGUGUUUGUCUUGUCGACGUGUGA